GUUGGUGCUUUACGGCACUGUUGACAUGUUCUUCAGUAUGGUUUGAGUGUGGGGGCUUUUUUUCCCUUGGCAAAGGCUUAUUAUUGAUGAGUGUUUUCGACUUAUUUCGCGGUUUCUUUGGGGUUCCCGGAGGCUACCAUCGUGGAGAGGGCCGAAGGGAUCCCUUUUUCGAUGGCAUGACUCAUGAUGAUGACGACGACGAUGAAAGUGAGGAGGAUGGAUUCUUCUAUGACGGGUACCAGAGAGAUCCACAGGACCCAUUUGAUGAAGCCUGGAGAUUUGGCUUCAGUUUUGGCCCCAAUGGAGUGAGAAUCGAAGAGCCUGCUGUCUUUGGUCAGGUCUUCAGGGAGAUGGAGGAAAUCUUUUCCCAGCUCGGCCAAUGGCAAGGACAAGGACAACCUGGUGUUCCAAGUGUCAUGCCGCCACCACCACAGGAAAGGCCAGAAAGUGGGAGGGGAUCCAGUGGGAAUGUCCUGAGGGACUUUAUGCUAAAAUCCCCAGAUAACCCUCCUCAAAAACCCCCAGCGGGAUCACACAGAGAGCCUAGAAAUGACGGCACCUCUCCCUCUGGGACACCAAACUUUCCUCACUCUCCCUUCCAUGGUUGGACCCCUUUUUCUAAGUUUCAUGACAUUUGGAGAAGAGAGCCACAAAGAGAUCCAGAGGACGAACGUAGAGAAGAUAGAGAUCUGGACUCUGCCGUAUCUUCUGGUGGCCUAGAUCAGAUUCUGACCCCACCUCAUGCUCAGCAACCCAACCAACCAAGGACCCGAUCAUUUUUCCAGUCAGUCAUUGUCACCAAAGUUCUAAAACCUGAUGGGACUGUGGAGGAGAGGCGUACAGUCAGAGAUGGCCAGGGGAAUGAGGAAACCACAGUAACGCGUUCAGGAGGUCCGGGGAGCUUGGAGGAACCAGACAAUCAGAGUCGACCUCUUGUACCAGGUGGUCCACGGCCCUUUUCUGACAUGCGGGGCGAUGACUCUUUAUUCUCCAGAUUCUUUGGAGGUUUCAAGUAAUUUGUUAGGAAAACUGAAUUGUAUGUUUGGGACUGGAUGGAGUACCCCCCCACCACCACCACCACCACCACCGAGAUGAUAUUUUUUUGUGUUUGAGUGUUAUUUUAGAACUGAGUGUUUGAGUAUUAACUCACAGUAUGAAAGCUUUUUGUUUUCUGAGCCUCAAUUCUGUGUAUGGGGCGAUUGCAUCAACCUCUAUGGCUAGAAAUGCAUUACAAAGAACGCAAAGGAAAGAAAAUCAGGUUUUAAAUAAGUCCCAUCGCAUAUAUUAUUUUUGUAUUGUCCUGCAGUUAUGCCUCUGUAAAUGUGACUGUAUGACAGACAAAAUAAAGAGACUUAAUAUAUUUA